UUAUGAGUGAUAUAUAUAUUAUAUCACUUAUUUGGAUAUUAGUCUUCGAAUUUGCAGAUUUUGUACGUGGAGAGAAUAUUUGCCCAAGAGGAAACAAAACACAAUGCUGCGCUGGUUAUCGAGAGAUCGGCGGUGUGUGUACAGUAUGUGUUGGUUUUUAUGGGAAGAAUUGUGCAGUUCCAUGUCCAGAUGACUAUUUCGGUGAAAAGUGUGAGUUUCGUUGUAAUUGUUCCCUGGGUGAAGGUUGCAACCCUUACGUAGGAUGUCUCUCUGGUGAAACAGACCGAGCAACUGGGGAUAAGACAGAAUCUCCUCAGAGUGUUCUCAGCUGUGUAACUCCAACAAUUAUCGUGUUUGUCCUUUGUGGUUCUAAUUUAUUCUUCCUUGCACUGUGUAUUGCGAUGAUCUGCCAUUGGAGACGUUCAAAGAAUUCUAAAUGUUUGAACUCGAAAACAAAUGACUUAUAUGCUGGACAGAUAGACAGCUGUUCCUCGGAUCCCCAGCCAGGAAACAGAAACACUAUCUCUAAUAAUUACAGCCAUAUACGCUUCAAGAGGGAGGAACUGAUAAUCAAUAAUUCCGAUAACUAUAGCAAGGCAGUUUUACCCUACAACACUGAGCAGAAUGUAAAGACAGCAUCCACUAAUAAUGGGUUCUCCGAGGAGAAUGUGAUAUCUGAAUAUCCGGUUGGUGUCAUGGAUACAUUUCGUCCCUCUGUGAAAGUCAGUGAUCAAAAUCCUACACCACGACCCUACAGUUUAACAAACUAUAACAGGGACCCCGCAGAACAAAGUUUCCCAAAUACCUCUGGCGAGUACCUGUAAAUGUCAUCAGAUGAGAACAGAUCGGGAAGAUCAUACGUGCCAUAAAUUGAUUCCAUGGUAUAGAACUAGGGAACGAACAUACAGUAGAAAUUAUUAUGGCCAGCACACUAUACAUUUUUACGCCCCCGUAUCGAAGAUUCGGGGGUAUAUAGUUUUUGUCCGUCCGUCUGUCUGUUUGUCUGUUUGUCCGCAAAAACUUCAACAUUGCCCAUAACUUUUGAUUGGUUGGAGCUAUGGUUUUCAUUUUUCACAUGUGUAUUCCUUGUGACAAGACCUUUCUUUGGGUACCUCCAUAUUUGACCUUUUGACCUUGACUUUGAAGUUUGACUCAGUUUUGCAAAUUUUUUUCCAAACUUUAACCUUGGGCAUAACUUUUGAACGGUUGAUGCUAGGGCUUUCAUACUUCACAUGUAAAUUUCUUGUGGCAAGACCUUUCUUUGGGUACCACCAUAUUUGACCUUUUGACCUUGGCCUUGGAGUUUGACCUACUUUUGAAAAACUUUAACAUUGGCCAUAACUUUUGAACGGUUGAUGCUAGGGCUUUCAUACUUUGCAUAUGUAAUCCUUGUGACAAGACCUUCCUUUGGAUACCAACAACUUUGACCCUUUGACCUUGACCUUGGAGUUUGACUACUUUUGUAAACGAUAACAUUGGCCAUAACUUCUGAACAAUUAGUGCUAAGGCUUUCAUACUUAGCAUAUGUUAUUCUUGUGACAAGACCUUCCUUUGGAUACCAACAACUUUGACUCUUUGACCUUGGAGUUUGACCUACUUUUCGAAAACUUUAAUCUUGGACACAACCUUUGAAAAGUUGUUGCUUAGGCUUUCAUACUUAGCAUAUGUAAUCCUUGUGACAAGACCUUCCUUUGGAUACCAACAAUUGUAAUCCAUUGACCUUGAUCUUGGAGUUUGACCUACUUUUUUAAAACACUUUAACCUUGGUCAUAACUUUUGAACGAUUGGUGCUUCAGCUUUCAUAUUUCACCUGUAUAUUUAUUGUGAGAAGGCCUUUCCUUAGGCACCAUUAAUUUUGACCAUUUGACCUUGACCUUGAUGUUUGAAUUACUUUUAAAAAACUUUAACCUUAGCCAUAACUUUUGAACAGGUGCUGCUAGGGCUUUCAUAUUUCACAGGUAUAUUCCUCGAGACAAGACCUUACUUUGGGUACCAAUAUAUUCGAUUUGCAUUUGAGAAAGUUUAACCUUUGCUAUAAGUUGCCAUACGGGGGCAUCAGUGUUUCACAAACACAUCGUGUUAUAAGACGAAUUAAUGUAUAUAAAUACAUAAUUACCGGAUCGGGAUUUUAAAAUGAUUUUUAAUCUCGAACAGGUCACAUCACUAUUUUUAGUGACUUCGCAACCCGAACGACAGGUUUUCUAGCAUGCACGCAAGCGCACACACAUUUCAGCAGAAUUUCAAACUGUGUGCAUUUUUCUACAUUUUAAACUUAAGCAGUGGUAAGUGGGUGUUUACGUGUGGCAGCUGCAUCUUUCAGUACCACCACCACCACAAAAUAGAACAUUUAUGAUUGUGCUCAUUUCCCUAGAUUCAAAAUCCCAGAGACUUUUUUUUUUCAAUGUUUUACUAAAUCUUCAAGUUUUUGAAUUUGUAUUUUCAUUAAACCUCUUUUGAGUCG